AUGUUUGCCAACCCCCCGUUUUCAGCUGUUGCUGGUCCAGCAAGUACCACGUAUAGUCGUCAGGAGGAUGGGCAACUGCUGAUGGUGUCCUUUGACGGCUUCCGCUGGAACUAUGACCAGGACGUACAUACCCCCAACCUGAACGCCAUGGCGCUGGAUGGAGUGAAGGCCCGCUACAUGACACCGGCCUUCGUCACCACGACCAGCCCCUGCCACUUCACCCUGGUCACUGGCAAAUACGUGGAGAACCACGGUGUGGUUCACAACUUGUACUUCAAUACCACCAGCAAGGUGAAGCUCUCUUACUUCGCCACGCUGGGCACCCCGGUGUGGUGGGACAACGGCACCUUACCCAUCUGGAUCACAGCCCAGCGGCAGGGCUUAAAAACUGGCUCCUUCUUCUACCCUGGCGGGAAUAUCACCUACCAAGGCAUGAACCUGACGCUGAGCCGGAAGAAGGGAGCUCUGUACAACUCCAGCAGCGAGGAGGAGUGGAAGGGCAGCAUCGACACGGUGAUGCAGUGGCUCACCGAGGAGGGCCUGGACCUGGUCACGCUCUACUUUGGGGAGCCGGACUCCACGGGCCACAAGUAUGGCCCCGAGUCCCAGCAGAGGAAAGACAUGGUGAUGCAGGUGGACAGGACGGUGGGUUACCUGCGGGACAGCAUCAGGAGGAGCGGCCUGGAGGACAGCCUCAACUUGAUCAUCACGUCCGACCACGGCAUGAGCACCAUCAACAAGCAGGCCCCGGUGGAGUUGCACAGGUUCCCCAACUUCACCUUCGAGGACAUCGAGUUUGAGCUCCUGGACGGUGAGACCAACGGGAUCGAGCUCCUGGACUAUGGGCCCAACGGGAUGCUGCUCCCCAAGGAGGGGAUGCUGGACAAGGUGUACGAGGUCCUCAAGGACGCCCACCCCAGACUCCAUGUCUACAAGAAGGAGUCCUUCCCCAAGUCCCUCCACUACGCCGGUAACCCCAGGAUCAUGCCCUUGAUCAUGUACACUGACGCUGGCUACGUCAUGCAGACGAGAGCGAAUGUGCAGUACCACAACGGAGAGCACGGUUUUCUCAAUGACUUCAUGGAUAUGAAGACCAUCUUCCGGGCCGUGGGCCCCAGCUUCAGGAGGGGCCUGGAGGUGGAGCCCUUCGAGAGCAUCCAUGUGUACGAGCUCAUGUGCCAUCUGCUGGGCAUCGUGCCCGAGGCCAACGACGGGCUCCUGAGCACCCUGCUGCCCACGCUCCAGGAAACCAGCGGAGGGCCCCCGAGCACCCUGCCGCCCACGCCCCAGGGAACCAGCGGUGGUCCCGAGAGCACCCUGCCGCCCACGCCCCAGGGAACCAGCAGUGGUCCCGCCAGCACCCUGCCGCCCACGCCCCAGGGAACCAGCAGCGCGCCCACGGGCUCCCCCUCAAGUAAGGAGCUGCCCGUCCGCCACCAGGCAGCUGCGGACAGCGAGCGCCUGCACCACCUGGACCAGGGAGCACNAGCGCGCCCACGGGCUCCCCCUCAGCAACAAGGGGAGAGCAGGUGA